GCGUUCAAGUAACCAAACUGAGUAGACUGUGUCCUGUCAGGCAUCAUAUAACAGAAAGUGUUAUAUGUUUCUCUGCUGAAACUGGACUUCGAAGUUUUACCAUAGGUUUCACCAGAUGAUGAAGCUAUGAACCUUGGUCGAUAUUUAUUUUGAGCGUCAGUUGUUGUCUUUAUCAUAUCUGUGGAGGCAGUUUGGGUUUUGGCGUUGUUUAUGUUUUAGGAAGUUGAAUGAAAUACAGUAGCUAUGUCAGCGGAAGAAGGACCGGAGUUACGUGAACUGAUUGCUCAAACACUAGAAAAUAAUGGUGUUUUGGCGAAAAUUAGGGCUCAACUAAGAGCAAGUGUUAUCUUGGCAAUCGAAGACCAAGAAGCAUUUCAGACAAAGCUUCCAUUCACAAAUCAACCACUGAGAACAUUUUUGAAGACCUUUGAAGGUGCUUUUAUAACUUGCUUGGUACGGGAGUUUUUAGAGUUUUUUAAUUUGGAUUUCACUUUGUCUGUAUUUGACCCUGAAACAUUCCAUGGAAAGGAAUACAGCUAUGGAGGACGGACAGAGCUUAUGAAAGAAUUAAAAUUACAAAACAACAGUGAAAGAAAUGCUCCAGUCCUGUCAUGUCUUCUGCAGAAUGUUUUAAAACAUCGUGAAAAGCCAACAGAAAAUGACAUAGCCAGUAAAAAGUCUGACAUACUGUCAGUACCAUCACAAAAUGCUAGUGUGGCAGACAGUGUGCCUGACACAAGUAGGAUUUUGGAUAUAAGUCUGAAUGAAGAUUCAGUCUCUGUUCAAACCAGAAACAGACAGAAGUCUCAAGAAAAAUAUGGCCCAACUGAAGAAACAGUCAGCACCAGUAAGAAGGAUGACAGUAGCAAAAUAUCAAAGGGAAGUGUGAGCCAUACAUCAUCUAAAUCUGAGAAGCCACCACCAGCCACAGCUGGGAAAAGAGAUACUGAUUUCAGUGAUGGAAUAUAUUUACAACAUGGGAGCCAACUAACUUCACUGAGCAACUUGCCUCCCCUGGCUGGCAUGCUUAAGAAUGAUGUUAGACCUACUGCAGUGCAGAUGUCUAAAAGUUCUGAAGGGGACAGAAACAUGAAGCCAUUGAUCAAUUUGGGGAAUGAAACUGCUGACAACUAUGAAGAAGAUUUUCAGUCUUCUGUGAGUGGCAGUGGCCAGGGAGGAAAAAGUGGCAAACUUACCACACCUGGAAGCGAUACUGAGAUAGAGGAAGAUAUUGGCACUGAUGAUAUUUUGAGUAAUGCAUCAGUGACUGAUGACCUCACAGUUGAUGUAACAGCUUCAAACUUGAGUGGUGUUGGUGACUAUAUGGAGAAUAUAAGCUGACAAGAUAUCUCUACACGCUAAUUACCUGAAGAGUAUAAAAAAACAAUGUUAGGAAUUAUGCCUUGU